GCAGCUGCCCGAUAUAUAGCAGAGCAAAUUAAUGUAGAUAAACCAUUAUUAAUUUCAAUAUCUUUAAAGGAUUAUGAACCAGAUACUUUAAAACCUAUAGUUGCAGCUAUAAAUGAUAUGAAAGUGUGAGAACCAAAUAUGAGUUUAAUAUUUGGUCAAUUAGUUAUUGGUCCACCUGGGAGUGGAAAAACUACAUAUUGUUAUGCUAUGACCAAAUUUUUGGAGAAGCUUGGAAGAAAAGUGGCUGUUAUUAAUAUUGAUCCUGCAAAUGAAAAUAUGCAAUAUACACCAACAGUAGAUAUAUCUGAAUUAAUUAAACAUGAGGAAGUAAUGUCACACUAUGGACUUGGUCCAAAUGGAGCGCUGGUGUACUGUAUGGAAUUUUUAGAAGCUAAUAUAAAAUGGUUAAUUACAAAAGUUUUAAAUUUGAAAGAUCAUUAUCUUAUAUUUGAUUGCCCAGGGCAGGUUGAGUUAUAUACACAUCACAAUUCAGUUAGUGCAAUUGCCGAAAAAUUAGGACAAAAUUUAGUAAGAUUAUGCAGUGUACACCUUGUUGAUUCUCAUCAUUGCAGCGAUGCUGGUAAAUAUUUAUCUUCUUUAAUUCUUUGUACAACAACUAUGUUAAAAUUAGGUUUACCUCAUGUUAAUGUAAUGACCAAAUUUGAUGAAAUGAAAAAAUUUAGUCACUGCCUAGAUUUUAAUAUAGAUUUUUAUACAGAAGUGUUGGAUUUGAACUAUUUGCUAGAUAAAUUGGAUGAAGGCCCUUUUACAUCAAAAUACAAAAAAUUAAAUGCAGCAUUUGUAUCACUUAUAGAAGAUUAUAGUCUUGUUAGCUUUAUACCAUUAGAUAUUUCUAAUCAAACAUUGUUAUUACAAGUAAAAAAUGCAGUGGAUAAGGCUAAUGGUUAUAUUUUUGGCGGUAACGAACCUCAAGAUGUUCAAACUUUACUUGCUUGUGCUGUAGGAGCAAUGAGUGAAACUGAAAAAAUGUCUACAAUAGAUGCUUAUUUUUAAAGAAUUUAUUUUAAAAAAAUCAUUGUCCUUCUUAUUUUUUUCCUUUCCAUAUUGGUAUUCCUUAAUAUAUUAAUAAAUGUCUAUUUAUUUAGUAAAAUAUAUUAGGUUAAUGAACGUAAUUUUACUAACUACUUAACCUUUUGA